AUGCCUGCGCGUCACUCUCGCGUGGCUGCCCCGCCUCGGGCCCCCGGGCGGAGUGGGCGGGUACGACUGCGCCCAGGUCGCGAGGCGCCCUUCGACCAGCAGCGCCCGGGGCGGGCGAGUAUAAAUGGAGCGGUGGCUGCUCCGGCCACCCCUCUCCGCCCCGGGUCGCAGCGGCCGGUGUUGCCCCGGCCCGCCCCCGCACGCCUCCGAGACGCGUGGCAGCCCCGCGCCCCGGCCGGCCGCACCACGUGUCCGCGCUGCCCUUCGCCGGCACCCGCAAAGAUUUGGUUUCCCCCUUCCCGGGCCGUUGAAAUUGUAAACCGCCGGGAGCCCGAGGCCUAUAUUUAUCGAGAAACGCGUGUCCCCGAGGCCGCCCAAGUCGGCCCGCACUCCCCGUCCCGCUUCGGGGCGUCCCUGCUCCAGCCUCUCCCGGUGUCGCUGGUGUCACCCACCUGUGCGCCUCGGUGUGGGCCACUGCUCUUUGGAGCCUCUUUUGUCCUGCUGUGA